CGAAGACGGCAAAACAAAUGGAUGGCGCGAAUGUAUAUGGCACAGGUCGCGAAAAACAUUAGGAACACGUUCGCGGUUCCCCUUGUGUAAAUUUCUCGUGAGACGAAAUAACAAAUCCGCACUAGGUAUAGAGAGAGAGAGAGAGAGAGGGGCUCCACGUGCGCGGCUCAUUAAAUGCUGAUCGUUUCUCGCGCGCGAUAAGGUUGCAAAUCAAGGCACAGAAAGAUGAAUGCUGGACAUUACCUCGUUCAAACUCGUUAUCAUAAAGUUCAUCAGCUGCUCGCGAUCACUAGACAUUCAUACAUGCGAGGAAUUAAAUGUCCCUACGAAAUCCUUUAAGAAUUCAACACGGCUGUUUUCGGUCGGGCAUUAUGUAUACACGUAUGCGCUUGUUAUUUCUACAAUGUUGUAAAACUCCACAGUAAUUUAACUAUUCGCCAUUGUUAAAACUGAAUAUCCAAGUAUGUUAGUGAGGACUAUUUAAGAGACAACGGAAGAGAUAACAAAUUACGUGCGUCAUCGCGCAAUUUCGUUAGUAUAUGAUAUAACAGUUAACAAAUGAGACAACAAUGGCGUACUCUGAUCAAAAUCAUGAGGCAUCUAAAGGUGCCAGAGCAAGGCAGAACGGGCAAUACGAGAUCCCGGGAGAGAAGACAGGCUUGGAUGUAUUGUAUACAUCACGGACGGACCGUGGUGUAACUGAGGAAGAUGUGGGAAGGAAAAUAUCGUCGCUGAAACAUUUGCUGGAGAAGGAUCCAAGAGCUGCCGAUUUAAAGUGGUCCCUCUUUGUGGCGGCGUCCAACACUUAUCGCUACGACAGCUGCUUAAAACCGUUUCCACCUAUGUACAUUAGAAACGAGUGCAAGGACAUCGAAGCUUUGAGGAGGGCCAUAGAGUCAGUCCCACCUUUGCCCGUGAUGUGCAAUGAACUUGACGAGGCCGGUGCCUACGAGAAUUACGGCGAAACAAUAGAGUUACUUUAUUGGGUGUUGCUACGACUGAGAGACUCGUACAUCAAGAGCGUGCAGAAGGAAUGCUACAAUUCCAUACUGAGGAAAGUGCCAUUGGAGGUGCCGGUUGCGGCUCCGAAUCUUAUAUUUCAAAUAGUAAGCGCGAAACAGUCUGCGGCGGAGGAGAAAUGGCAGUCGAGUGCCAAUGGUCACUCGACAUUCUACGCGUAUCACGGCAGCCGUUUGGAAAACUUCCAUUCCAUCGUGCACUACGGCUUGCAGCAAAACAUGUGCAAAAGGUCGGAGUUCGGCAAAGGGAUAUAUUUCUCGAGCGAGUUAGGAGUGAGCUUACCGUACAGUCCCGUGGGUUACGGUUGGGGAGGCAGUCUUCUUGGAAGCGAGAUAAGUUGCAUAGCUCUCUGCGAGCUGAUUAAUCAUCCCGAUAUAAAGAGAGGCGAUUCAAGGAGCAACGCACAAAAUACGUUGAGCGAUUCAGUUGGUGGACGAAUACCCGACAAGUACUUCGUAGUGACGAACAGUGAUUUAGUAAGGAUACGCUAUUUGCUCGUCUAUGCUCAAGACCUCCGUACAACUGGUACUGCCGAUAAUACGGGAUUGCUGGCAUGGUUCAAGCAACACAAAUUACUGACGUUUGUGCUCGGCUACGUCGUUCUGUUAGCCUCAGUUGGACUAACGCAGAACAAACAAGUAGAGAAAUACUAUAGAUUAUUUAUUCAGAAAGCGGGUUUUGAGUGAGAGAAGAAUAAGAUUAUUGUGCAACUUUAUACAAUUUGAUACGGCUAUAAAUUGAAGUCUUGACAUAAACGAGAAAAAGGUUGUAUAAAUGCCACAUUUUUUUUUUCAUAAAAUUAGGCUCUACCGUGCCAAGAUAAAAAUAGCAUCGUAAAUAAAGAGAAAAAAAUGCUUUAAAAAUAUAUACAAGAAAAAAUAUUUUUAAAUAGCAUUUCUGUGAUUUGUAUUUUUGACAUUUAUCUAGCCUUUUUACCUCGUCAAGUCUUCGAUUGAUAACGAACUCGUCCAUAUGCGUAUAUGUGAAAAACAUUAUCUUUUAUAUACACUUUUUGGAUACACAUGUGAUAAUUAAAUAAAUAUUUUGUAUGAUAAA